CAAUUCGAACUGUUGAAUAAAUGUUUACAAUCAUAUGUGGUUCAAUAUUUUUUCUUUUGAGGCCCUUAACACGCACAAACUCGUUGAAAAACAGUUUUAUUUUCAGAAAUGUCUCAGGAAUCAGAGUGCGAAGAUGAUAUUGAGCCAAAACUUAAAUAUGUAAGAAUUAGCAACGAUUUGCGUAAAAUUUUGAGUAGUGAUGCUGCUAGUUGUGUUGCUGUACAUCCAAAGUUUUUAUGUUUAGGUACUCAUUUUGGAAAAAUAUACUUGUUCGAUCAUCAAGGAAAUAUAGUAACAUUAAAUUCUAAUUCUAAAGAUUUACCUAUUAUGCCAUUGCCCAUCAAUCAAAUAAAUAUUGAUGAAAAAGGAGAAUUUAUAGCUGCUUGCUCAGGAGAACAUGUUAUUGUCAUUGGUUUAUACUCUUCAGACGUCAAUGUCAAUUUGCGUUUAAGUACUUGCAUUCUCUGUGUUUCUUUAGAUCCAAUUUAUCAUAAACCUAAUGCAGGCCACAGAUUUAUUACAGGAGGUAAAAAUCUAGCAUUGCAUGAAAAAACAUUCUUGGGUAGAACACGAACAACAAUUUUAUGCGAGUCAAGUAGUUUGGUAUUAUCAGCAGUUUGGAAUAAUCAAUUUAUAGCAUGGUCUUCUGAAGAAGGAGUACGAGUUUAUGACAUAAAUGAACGCUGUUCUUUGGGAUUAAUUAAUUGGGAAUCUCGAAGUGAUGAUAUACAGAAGUACCGUUGCAACCUAAAGUGGUCAGAUUCAAAGACACUUCUGAUUGGCUGGGUUGACACAGUUCGGGUAUGUGUCAUUCGAAAAAGACACACAAUAGAAAUAUCCAAUGGAAAUAUGCCAGAGUAUAUUGUAGAUGCAGUACUUAUAUUUGUAUCUACAUUCCAGAUGGACUUUUUUAUAUCUGGUCUCGGUCCCUUAGAAUUGCCAGACCAGCUGGUAGUUUUAGGAUAUCCAAAAGAAAAAGAUCCCAGCACAGGGAAAGCACUGCGUCCUGUUUUAUCUGUUUUACAUUAUAAAGAUUCGGAUUACGUAGAAGUAUGUACAGAUACUCUGACGCUACGUGGCUAUCAAGAGUAUACUUGCAAUGAUUACCAUCUUGACUGUUUAAUUGAAGAAAAUCAAUUGUUUAUUAUGUCCCCAAAAGAUGUUAUAAUUGCGAGCCUAUAUGACCAGGAUGACAAAUUGCAAUGGCUAAUCGAUCACAACAAAUAUGACCAAGCGAUGGCAGUUUUGGUAAAAAAUAAUUGUACUUCAAGUCGCUGGAAUGAUAUACAAAUUGGUCGAAAAUAUAUUGACUUUUUAAUAUCAGAAAAUAACUAUGAUAAAGCAGCAAAACUUUGUUUCACUGUUUUCACUAACGAUAAAACACUAUGGGAAGAACAGUCCUACAAAUUUGCAGUGUCUCAUAAUUUAAGAUCCAUUAGUCCAUAUUUACCAAGAACAUUAGAAACAAAACUAGAUCCUCAAAUUUAUGAAAUGGUAUUAUAUGAAUAUCUGAAAUAUGACCCGCAGGGUUUUUUGCAGCUAAUAAGUGAAUGGAAUCCGGAAUUAUAUAAUACUUCAGCAGUAGUGUCAGCGGUGUUAGAGCAUUUACUAAUUUGCAAAAAAGAUAAUGUUGAUAAUACAAUUUUGCUUGAAGCAUUGGCUGUUCUUUAUUCACACGAGAAAAAAUAUGAUAAAGCUUUAUCCAUGUAUCUCACAAUAAAGCAUAAAGAAGUAUUCGACUUGAUUCGAAAAUAUGAUCUAUACGAUCACAUCGUUGACAAGAUUCCAACGCUAAUGAAUGUGGAUGUCGAUCAUGCUUUAACACUGCUGAUGGAACGAAAGAUACCGUCGGAAGCAGUCGUUGCGAAUUUACAAACACAUCAGGAGUACUUAUAUUUGUAUUUAGAUCGUUACGACAAGGUCGACACAUGUGGUUGUAGUCAAUAUCAUGGAUUGCUAGUUGAACUGUAUGCAACUUAUUGCAGAGCUAAACUGUUACCAUUUUUGAGAAGUAGUAAUAGCUAUCCAAUACAACUCGCUUUAAAUAUUUGUCAAGAAAAUAAAUUCUAUCAGGAAACGGUAUAUUUAUUAGGUCGCAUCGGUGAAACGAAUGAAGCUUUACAGAUUAUUAUACAUGAUUUGAACGAUAUUAAUUUCGCGAUUAAUUUUUGUCAAGAAAAUAAUGAUCUGGAAUUAUGGGAUGGUUUGAUCGAGCAUUCGCUAAAUAAGCCUGAGUUCAUCAUACAUUUACUAAAAGCCAUUGGUGCUUACGUAGAUCCGAAACGUCUAGUUCAAAAAAUAGCUUCUGGUUUGAUAAUACCAAACCUUAAAGACGCAUUAAUAAAGAUGAUGUGCGAUUAUAAUUUACAGGUAUCAAUUCAAGCAGGUUGUAAUCAAAUAUUAGUAUGCGAUUACUUUAAUAUGCACGAGAAGCUGACAUUCAAACAACAACAAGGAAUUGCUAUAACUGAUGAACAGCAUUGUGAAGCCUGUCGUAAAAGAAUUAUCAUUAAAGAAAUGCACAAUGACAGGUAGACAAACAAGAAAACUGCUGAAGUUUUUGUGUCAAACAUGCAUGCAGCGACUUCAGGUGAAUAGCAUAAGAUACCGUAAU